AUGCUCGAAGAGGUGCGACAGACCUGGGGAGCUCUCCAGCGUCGGCCGAAUGUCGCGAAGGACCUUCUGAGAUCGCUCUCGGAGGCCUUGCCGACCACGCUGCACAUGUUCAAGCGUUCGACCACAGUGUGGCAGAGUUUGGAUGGAGUCUUUGCGGCCCUUGGCGACCCAGAGCUACUGCGGCCUCGCAUUGAGUUCCUGGCGCUGCGACACAUGAACCUGCAGAUCGAAGCCGACGACCUCGAGGCUUUCAAGAUACUACUCGUGGACAUGGCCAACUCCCAUCUGGGCACGUCUGAGGCAUUCCAGGGUGCCGGCGAGGUUCUCGAUGCCGUGGGCAGAUCCAUGAUUGCCACGCGCAAGCACUACAGCGGCAGGAUCCGUGUGCUCCUCAAGAGCUGGAAAGGCAUAAGAGUUGCGGGGCAGGACUCAAGUCCCACGAACCCGCUGGACUCGACUUCCUUCGAAGAAGACAAGCCAGAGAAGUCCUUCAAAGACCUUGAGAGAAGCCCUACCCUCAUCGACCCGAAGACGAUGGAUGUCAAGAAGGCGGAGGGCUUCAUGCCCAGCACUUUCGAGGAGAUGGCCCACUUCAAUGCCUCAGUCAUGGGCCUGGGCAGCCCGAGCUGGCUUUCCGACUUCGUGCACUCAAUGGAUGCCUUGGUGCUAAACAUCGGCAACAUCGCCAGGCUGCGGGAGGAGUGCGAUGUCCUGUCUGUGCUUCUUUGGCGCCACUCGCGCACCGAGAAGGUAGACAUUCACGGCUUCCAGUCUGUACUCUUUGCCUCCUUGAGGGCCCUCUUGCAGCAGGAAGAGGCCUGGCGUUGGUUUUGGCAGUGCCUGGAAUCGUUCCUGGAUGCCAAGCUCCCACUGAGCCAGUGCUCAAUGGAUGACGUGGAGGCGGCUGAGUUUCGGCUCGAGGUUUGGGAGGACUUCAUCCGGAUCUGCCCGGAAUACCAGGAGCUUUCCUUCCGCUUCGUGCUACAACUGCAUAAGGGGAUGGGCCACUUGCGCUCCCUUGGCACAUUCCUGGCACGCAGGACUUUCUGA